CACUGUUGUUUCGAUGCUCGCGCUAGUCUUACAGAUAACCUUAAAUCCUAUGUUAUAACCCUUGACGCAAUUCCCUACGAACUCGGAUAACUAGUUUCAAGACGAAUACAACUGGCUAGGAUAUUAUUACGUAUAUUAUACUAGAAUGAGCAUAGCUCGUGGGGUGACCCAACUUGGAAGUCGGGUCAAUCAACUGAAAGAACAAAUAUUCUCACCAAAAAACUUAUUUUACACCAAUAUCGCAAUUUCCGUAUCUCUCUCCGGCGUUGGUGACAUUCUAGAACAGCAUUACGAAAUUCUUCAGGGUACCUGGGAAAAAUGGAGUCCUGUAAGAACAAGUCACAUGGCGAUAUCUGGUAUGUCCGUCGGCAUAGUGUGCCAUCACUGGUACAGAUUUCUAGAUCGAAAAAUGCCGGGUAGAACAAUUGGCAUUGUCUUAAAGAAGGUAUUGGUUGACCAAAUGGUGUGCUCUCCUCUUUGCAUAGGAAUGUUUUUUGUAACAUUGGGUAUACUGGAGAGAAAUACCUGGACAGAGUUUAAGCAAGAAAUCAGAGACAAAGCCCAUCAGUUGUAUCUCGCAGAGUGGAUUGUCUGGCCACCUGCUCAAAUCAUUAAUUUCUAUUUCUUACCCACCAGGUUCAGGGUGCUAUACGAUAAUACCAUAUCUCUUGGCUAUGACGUGUAUACCAGCCAGGUUAAACACGACAAACCAGUAGCUGAAGAUAAAUCUGAAUAACUCAGGCAUUUGCUAGAUUUAUCACUACUUACCUAGUUAAUUGAAGAUAUUCUGUGUUAGAAAUUGACAAGAAUAUUAUACCAUUGAAUUCAAAUCGAUGUCAUGUACUACGAAAGACGAAAUUCAUGUUAGUUUUAAUGUAUCUAAUUACUACAAAUAUGACUCUGGGAAAUGGUACCAAGUGUUUUUAGAUUUAAAUAUUAUUUAUAUCACAAUCAUAAUUCAAGUGCGGUUUCUAAAAACCAUUGUAUAAAGUACAGAAAUAUUAAAUUAUAUAUGUGCUAGAAGCAGUGUAGGAAAGAAGAAUCAACUGUACAUAGGGGUAUUUACAAAAGUAUGAGCAAUAGCAGAUUUUAAUAAAUUCAACGAUUCUUUAAAA